GAAAAAAAAGUGUUGGUCUGUAGUGACGGUGGUUAAUUAGUCACAGCCAGCCUUUUUUCUCCUUCUCAGAAUUUCUAUAUAUUGUCCCCUAAACUCUCCUAAUUUCUCACUCCUCUGCUCCUCUCUGUUCCUUCAUUCCUUACUUCUUUCCUUCUGGAAUGGCUUCUAUCCUUAUCUUUUUGGCAGGUUUCUUUGCCAUAGUUUCCUCUGUUGAUGCCUAUGCAGGUGGAGGCUGGACUGGGGCUCACGCCACCUUCUAUGGUGGGAGUGAUGCUUCGGGGACAAUGGGUGGAGCUUGUGGGUAUGGCAACUUAUAUAGCCAAGGCUAUGGAACAAACACUGCUGCUUUGAGUACGGCUCUAUUCAACAAUGGCUUGAGCUGUGGCUCUUGCUACGAGAUUAGGUGCGCCAGUGACCCUAAAUGGUGCCUGCCAGGCUCCAUUGUGGUCACAGCCACCAAUUUCUGUCCUCCAAACAAUGCCCUUCCCAACAACGCUGGAGGCUGGUGCAACCCUCCUCUUCAACACUUUGAUCUCUCUCAACCUGUAUUCCAACACAUUGCUCAGUACAGAGCAGGAAUUGUUCCUGUUGCUUACAGAAGGGUACCCUGCAGGAGAAGGGGAGGCAUAAGGUUCACCAUCAAUGGACACUCCUACUUCAACCUGGUCCUCAUCACAAACGUGGGUGGUGCUGGUGAUGUACACUCAGUUUCUAUCAAAGGAUCAAGAACUGGUUGGCAAGCAAUGUCAAGGAACUGGGGACAGAAUUGGCAAAGCAACAGCUACCUCAAUGGUCAAAGCCUCUCCUUCAAGGUAACCACCAGCGACGGCCGAACUGUCAUCUCCAACAACGCUGUUCCAGCCGGCUGGUCCUUUGGACAGACUUACAGUGGUGCCCAAUUCUGAUUUAUUACCUUCUCUAGCUAAAAUAAGCUUUAUGGUUAUGCAGAGUAAAGCAAUCUAGUGUGACUUCUUAUUUUUUCUUUUUUCUUUACCUUAAAGUAUACUAGAGUAUUAGAUAUAUAGUAUACUAUGUGAGUGUUUGAGUCAAAAAAAUGAGGAAAGGGCUUAUUUUGGGAGGCUCUUUCUUAUCAUUUUGAUUCAAAUUGCAACAUUGAAUGAGUGCCUUAAUGGCUACUUAAUGUGAUUUUUUACCCUAACUUUUGCUAUAAAGCAGAAGUUGGCAGAGGUGGGCUCUAACCACCCGCCUGCAUUUUAGUUACUAUUGUGAGUUCAUUGUAAUCAUUAAUCAGCUUUCUGCCGCUCUACUUGUAUUUGUUGUAUUAUUGGUUGCUGAAAGUGUAAAUUUUCAGUUUCCUCAAGUAAUGAAAGACCGCAGACUUUUAUUUAA